GUCAUCAUGGGAGAUCCAAAGUCGUUUCUUGCUAUCCUUCAAGUGGCUUAGCAGCACUUUCUAUUCAACUGUCGCUUGAAGAAAAAGAAAAGAAAAAGAAACAGCAUCGGCCUUGGAGUGACACCAAAAACCACCAAGUUCUCUCUUAUCCCGAAGAGGUGGACCAGAGAGCAAAGCUCUCAAGACAAUCCCACAAACCUCAAAAUCCCCUGUUGUCAACACGAACGAACCCAUCAUGAAUUCUCUCCUAUCAGGUGCCGCCCUCGGUGCCGCGUUGACGGCCUCGGGCGUCUUCCAGCCCAGCGUCAUCGUGUCGCAGCUCAAAUUCGAGAACUUCCAUAUGAUUCAAGCCUUUCUAACCGCCGCGGCCGCCAGCACAUGCAUCGUUACGGCUGCGCAAUCUCUUGGCUACCUCAAGCUUAGCCCCCGCAGCUUCUCCUCGGUCGGCCUGUUCGCCAAGUGGGAUGGGAAUGUCUUCGGCGGCAUGCUACUCGGGACGGGCAUGAUGCUGUCGGGCGCCUGCCCCGGUACCGUCUUGGCUCAGGUCGGCGCCGGCGUCCGCUCCGGCUUCUACGCCUUCCAGGGCGCCGUCCUGGCCGGCAUCGUCUGGACCGGCUUCCUCCAGCCCUAUCUGUCGCAAACCCCUAAGCGCCUCCCCCAGUCCUCCCCCGAGGACAAGAAGUUCCUGACUGUCUACGGGACUCUGGGAGCCAGCCGAACAACUGCCCUCGUCGGUCUCGAGCUGAUGUUUGCCGCCAUUAUCGGCGCCGCCGUUUCGUUCACGUCCCUCGGCCCAGAAGCCAAGAUCUCGCCCGUCGUCGGCGGUCUUUGCAUCGGCGCGGCCCAGCUGCUGUCUGUGGUCCUGAGGAAAUCUCUGGUGGGCACGUCAACCUCGUACGAGGAGGCUGGCGACUGGUUCCUGGGUGUGUGCAGGGGCAACGGCGGGGUCCCCAAGCGCUACAACAACAUGCUCUUCUCGGCGGGCAUGAUUGCCGGUGCCUUCGCCCUGACCCGCGCCGUCCCCGUGUUCGGCCAAGUCUCGCCGACUACCAUUUCGCCCUUGAACGCCGGCAUUGGCGGCUUCCUUAUGAUCCUUGGAUCGAGAAUUGCCGGCGGCUGCACUUCAGGUCACGGCAUCAGCGGCCUAUCACUCUUUUCUACAUCAAGCUUCAUCACGAUUGCCGCCACCUUUGGUGCCGGUGGCUUUGUUGGCUUGCUUCGCGGCUAAAAGUUUUUGGGAUGUGGAGCUAUCAAUGUAAUAUUUCCAUUGCAUAUGGUCUAUCUUUAUAGCAUUGCUAGGGAGCUCAUCACCCUCAUGUUUGUUCAGUGAUUCGAGGAAAGCCUGUCCUUGAAAGCAUAUUUGCGUGUAUAUUCUUUUUUACUCAUUUGUACUCCAUUGGAACCCUUCAUGUACAAAAUAUCAUCUCCAUUGAGACGCCGAGAGAAAUAUUCUUCAAUACGCGCACAGAGGCUCGUUGUUGCGGCUUUGCUUUUUAAAUACUCAGUUUGGACUCCAUCAACAAACACAAAUCUCAGGGGUAGAGCGUAUUACUAGUAGAGAUUUACAUCUUUAAU